CCUCUCCUCUCCUCCUCCCAGGGCUUCUUCCGGCGCAGCAUCCAGAAGAACAUGGCGUACACGUGUCACCGGGAAAAGAUGUGCGUCAUCAACAAGGUGACCCGCAACCGGUGUCAGUCCUGCCGUCUGCAGAAGUGCCUCGACGUGGGCAUGUCCAAGGAGUCGGUGAGAAACGACCGGGCCAAGAAGAAGAAGGAGGAGAAGCGCGCCGAGCCGUCCGAGGUGUACGUCCUCACCGCCGAGGAGGAGAAGAUGAUCGAGCGCGUCCGACGGGCCCACCAGGAGACCUUCCCCUCGCUCUGCCAGCUGGGGAAGUACACCACGAGUAACAGCGCGGAGCACCGCGUGGCUCUGGACGUCAACCUGUGGGACAAGUUCAGCGAGCUGUCCACUAAGUGCAUCAUCAAGACGGUGGAGUUCGCCAAGCAGCUGCCCGGCUUCACCACGCUCACCAUCGCCGACCAGAUCACCCUGCUCAAGGCCGCCUGCCUGGACAUCCUGAUCCUGCGUAUCUGCACGCGCUACACCCCGGACCAGGACACCAUGACGUUCUCGGACGGCCUGACGCUGAACCGCACCCAGAUGCACAACGCGGGCUUCGGGCCGCUCACCGACCUGGUGUUCAGCUUCGCCAGCCAGCUGCUGCCCCUGGAGAUGGACGACGCCGAGACCGGCCUGCUCAGCGCCAUCUGCCUGCUGUGCGGAGACCGACAGGACCUGGAGCAGUCCGAUAAGGUGGACGUUCUUCAGGAGCCCUUGUUGGAGGCUCUGAAGAUCUACGUGAGGAGGAGGAGGCCGGACAAGCCCAGCAUGUUCCCCAAGAUGCUGAUGAAGAUCACCGACCUCCGGAGCAUCAGCGUCAAGGGAGCGGAGCGGGUGAUCACGCUGAAGAUGGAGAUCCCGGGCCACAUGCCGCCGCUCAUCCAGGAGAUGCUGGAGAGCUCGGAGGGCCUGGACGGCCAGGGCGCCGGGGGGGGCGGCGGCAAGGGGGCCGACGACGGGCUGGCGGGGGCCGGGGGCAAGAGGAGGAGGGGCAGGAAGGACCGCGACGCCGGGGACGCGCCCGCGAGCGGCGGCGGCAGCACGGGCACGCCCCAGUUUGAACAGGUCACCAAGCCAAACUAA